AUGCACUUAUUUAAAUUUGUUUGCACACUGCGCUCUGAGCCUGCUCCUGCUGCAGCCUGCUGCCACAAGGCCAACACAGAGCAGAUAGAUGCACAGCAGUGGUGCCAUACACCUGUCUUUGGUCUGUUUCCUUUACUGGCACAUAUACAAGCUAGAUUAGAAAUAGAGUUUAUGGCACAUUUAUUCUGCAAAGGAGAAGGACUGAGACACACAAAUAGCUGGUACUGGCAGAGAGCCACUAAACUUGUCUCUAUCCCCAAGCUAUAUCUACUGAUCAAUUACUGCACAGAUACACUGGCCAAUAGAGCACUGCAAUUAACUCGUGCACAUACAGCAAAUGAAGCAGCUAGUGCUCAGUGA